AUGAUGCAAGUAUUGAAUAUUGAAGCAGACACUAGAAGCGUGAACGCGAACAUCCGUUCGAUAUCAGGACAUGAAGGUGGCCAUCGCAACUCCCACAUAAUGCAAUUUUGUUUAGCGAUAACGUGCCUACUUGCGCUUGCAGUAACAAGCAAGGGUGAUGGCACGCUAGACGGGCUCAUCUAUGCCCCGGGACAUUCGUCUCCUGACUACUACUCGUACCCCAGCUACGCAUUUGAUUAUGCGGUGAAAGAUCCCCACACAGGAGACAAUAAAGCACAAUGGGAAAAACGAGAUGGAGACACUGUGAAAGGUGCAUAUUCUCUGGUGGAGCCUGACGGCAGUCUACGAGUUGUAGAGUACUGGGCAGACGCAAAAUCGGGGUUCAACGCAGUCGUAAAACGUGUUGGACCUGUCGCUGCACCGGUUUACAAAGCACCCAUUCCCGUUUUAAGUUACGGAGCUUCAGUUGCCCCUAUAAAUGUAGGUGCAGUAGCGAAAGGAAACACUUUAUCUAAUGCACCUUUCAUCGGCGGCUCUUCGUACGGUGGUGCUGUAUCAUCCGCAGCAGUGUACAAGGCUACGCCAAUAGUUAAAACAGUAGCGCCGGUUACUGAGAUUUUGUCAGAACAGAUUAUAAAAGCUCCUAUCUUGUCACAGCCUAUAACUACUGAACAGUAUCUUAGAGCAUCUUUUCAGAAGCAAAUUCUCAAUGAACCCGUUUAUAAAACAAUGUCCAUCCCGGCAUCAGUGUAUACAUCGAUAGGAAAACCCGGACCAUCAUCAGGAUAUUACGGUUUGGUUGCGCCGUGGAAUAUUCUAAAAGACUCACAGAACCUAAAACCUUACUUAGGAGAAGGUUUGAUGCAAGAUUCAUUGCUUGAUUUGGGUUCCAACGAUGACAUUGGAUAUGGUCAACUUUCGUCUUCGUGGGAUUCAUUGGGUAUAGGAUGGAAACAUUGA